GCAUCUACGACACGACGAAUCGCGCCGCCCAACCUGCUGCCAUGGGCCGUUACGACUUCCGCCCUCUCCGGGUGCGCCAGACUGCGAAAGCCCUUUUCGACUCAAAACGAGACCUCAACCUGCCCCAAUGGUACGAUGUCGUAGGCAACAUACCGCCAGGCGAGACCCUCGCACGCCCAGUACUGCGCAUACCAAAGAUGAGGAAGGCGCGGAAAGCCAGCAAACUAUUCAAACCGCUACCCAUUGAAUACCCAGAAGACAAGCUGCGUUCAGAAUUCUUCGGCGACCACCCAUGGGAACUGGCACGGCCGAGGCUGGUCAUCGAAAACAGCGGAAACGAUUCCAAGAACUACGACUGGAGUAAAAUUGUCCAGCCAGGGAAGCAGUUAGACGGCGAAAGUGUCGUUCAACGCCAAAUGUGGCUCAUGAAGCACGCCUCCCUCUCCAAAGCCUCCGCCUACGACCAAGCACGCCGCGAAUUCUACCAACACCGUCACCUCUCCGAGAUCCGUCAACGCAUUGCCAAGGAAGAAGCUCUGCACGUCGGCGCCUACUUUGGCAAGGGUCCCCUCGAGAUCGGUAUGGAGCUUGAAGACCGCACAUGGGAGAACUGGAAGGCUUGGGCUACCAAGCAGAUUGAGGAUGAGCAGUCGAUGCGUGCGCAAAUGUUCAGUGGGCAGCAGGAAGAGGGUCUGGGUGCGGGCGCUGAUAUGAGCAAUGCCGAGUACGAUCAGGCUGUCGACGAAUUGCAACCCGUUGUGCCAAAUAACCCACAAGGGCAGAGGCCCAUGGGUGGGGUAGCGGCGCAUCCAUAAUAGAUAUGGGUAGGUGGAGGCAUCUGUACUGAUACUGUACAUUUCGUGUAGAUAUACCAUCACGAUUGAUUCAAUUCAAGCAUUACGAGACAAGCCCCGUCCAAGGGUCGACUCUGGGCACAUACGUUCUAUGCCUCAACAAAAGAGUUGGCGAUCAUAGAGCACAACGAAAGAGUUUCUGAGUUACAAAACUUGAUCUCGUGUUGUGUAUCGCCAUGUGUUUUGGGACCCUAACAGUCUAUAUAUAUAUAUAUAUUGAUACCAAUCCC